AUGAUCAAUGAGCUCAAUUCGGUCCUGGUUCCCGAUGAGGAGGUGGUCAGGAUUCAGGAAUCGAAAAAAUUGAUCAAGGAGAUUAAUGAUAGACAUCAGGUGGAACGCAAGGCCGUUCUUGAAAUGAUCCAGGGCCUGGAAAAAUCAGUGUCCCAGUUGCGCGAGAGCACAUCGCGUUCGUCGGCAGAUUGGCGCUCUCUUGAGGAGCACAUGGCCGUCAUGAAAAAUAUGGAAGAUCAAAAAUUUGAUCUGGCGCGAAAGAUUAAUGAGCAAGAGGCUGCUCUCUCUAUGCUUGAGUCUGAAAUUGAAGAACUGCGUCGAAAAAGCGACAUGCUUGAGAAUUGGGACGUGGAAGAAGAAGUGGUGAUGGAUAAAAAUGCGUAUGUGGGUGUACUAACUAUAGUCUUUCUCUUAAUCUCUUCCGAGGAAUUGGGUUCCUCCCACACUAUGAAAGCAAGCAACCAGAUGCACUUAUGGUGUCUUUGUUAG